CUUAAUAGUGCACCGCGUCCAAAAAGAUACUCGCUUCUUUCGAAUUUGAUUUCGUGUUGGCGCUCGCGGCACCCCGCGAAGCAUUGGCGAGAUAGCAAGGCUUUCUGCGAGGGCGAUUGAAGUUGUAUGCUUCAACUAGAGCCAUGAGAAAGAAGGAGCUCAAGCAACUUAAGCUCGCUGUUCCCAAGCAGGAGACGCCCAUUACCAAUUUCCUGACUGCAAGUGGCACGUUUCAGGAUGGUGAUCUUCUUUUAAAUAGGCAAGGAUUACGAUUCAUUUCACAUGAUAAGGAAAAUAGUCCAUCUUAUACUCAUCCAGAGGAUACUCAGUUCAACUUGGCUGAUCUAGAAACCAUGAAAGUAAUUGGCAAAGGAAGUGGAGGUGUUGUUCAAUUAGUUCGACAUAAAUGGACAAACAAAUUGUUUGCUUUGAAGGUUAUUCAGAUGAACAUUCAGGAGCCAGUACGUAAGCAAAUUGUGCAAGAGCUGAAAAUAAAUCAAGCAUCACAAUGUCAAAAUAUUGUGGUGUGUUAUGAUGCUUUCUACAACAAUGGUUUUAUAUCGCUAGUUUUGGAGUACAUGGAUUGUGGCUCUCUUGCAGAUGUCCUUAAACAAUUGAAAACUAUUCUUGAACCCUAUCUUGCAGUUGUUUGUAAGCAGGUUCUGAAAGGUUUGGUCUAUUUACACCAUGAACGACAUAUAAUUCACAGGGAUAUUAAACCUUCGAAUCUUUUAGUAAAUCACAAAGGUGAAGUAAAGAUCACAGACUUUGGUGUUAGUGCAAUGCUAGCAAACUCUAUGGGGCAACGUGAUACCUUUGUUGGUACCUAUAAUUAUAUGUCGCCAGAGCGUAUAAGUGGGAGUGCAUAUGGAUAUAGCAGUGAUAUCUGGAGUUUGGGACUGGUAAUACUAGAGUUGGCAAUUGGUCGUUUUCCCUACUUACCCCUUGAGAAAGAGGAAGGUUGGUUGAACUUCUAUGAACUUUUGGAGACAAUUGUUGGGCAACCACCACCUUGUGCACCACCAGAUCAAUUUUCACCAGAGUUCUGCUCAUUUGUUUCAGCUUGUAUUCAAAAAGACCCCAAGGACAGAAUGUCAUCUUUGGAUCUCUUGAGUCAUCCAUUCAUCAAGAAAUUUGAGGACAGGGACAUUGAUCUUGCCAUUUUGAUCCGUAGUUUAGAUCCUCCUAUGUAAUUUCUUUUUGCAUCAUGAGAAAAUGAUUCACGCAAUGAAUUAUAUUUUCCUAAUCCAGGAUUAUUUGGAAAUGUAUUGAAGUCACCAUAAUAAGUAGCAUCUUGUCACGUAAGUGUUGUAAGAGGACAAGACUACCAAAUGACCACUUGGAAGAAAUGUCAUAUUUUCUGAAAUGAUAUGCCUUCACUUUGUAAAUUUGAGUUGCUCUCUGUCAUCUAUUAUGUGGCUUUAAAAGACAUUUGGGGGUAAAAUGGGCAUUAUUUUUCUUUGGAGGAAAAACUUGAAAAAUCAUGCUGGGUUGAACCAUCUGAUAUAUAUUUGAAGGGUAUUUCUGCAGUGCCUAUGUGGCUUCUACAAUAGACAGAGCACUCAAAGGAUAUCGGAGUAGGAAGUAAUAGAAGCACUGAAUUUUGACCUUGCAUAGAUCUGGAGCACAAGGUUGGCCUUUCAGAUGGUUAAAGUUAGAUAAUUUUUGUGUAGAAUCUUUGUUAUGUUGGGAAGGGUGGGAUGGGAGGUGGGGACAAUAGAGCCAGUGGUCUUGAAUAUAAAUUUUGGCUUUCAUAUGGUUAAAGUGAGGUGACCAAUGUAUAGAAGCUUAAACUUUAAGAGGGAUGAUGAGAUGGAUGCUCAUGUUCCAUAUUUUGUUACCUAACCCAUCUCAGACACAAGCACACGGUUCAAAUGUAACACAAACUUGUUAUAUUUUCACCUCCCUUUUUUGUCUCUGCUUGUCAACUGCCAUGCCAAUUGGAUUAUUUAAAAUAACAGGUUUUUGAGUAAGUUUUCAGCUCCUUGAAAGCA